AUGACGAAGAAGGAAGGCACCUCGGGCCUCAACGAGAACGAGAUCAACACUCUCGUUGCGGCUGCGAAGCAGAUCAGCAGACUCGACUACGAGAAGCUUGGAGGGGACCUGGGCUCCAACAAGAAGGCUGCCGAGAAGCGUUGGUCUCGCUUGAAGCAGAAAGCCUUUGGCCAGAAGAAGUCCGAAGCUGAUUCUGCGGCCCUCACGCUCAAGCAAGCUGAUAUCGACCUACUCGUUGCGAUCUGCAAGCAACUUGGCAAGGUCGAUACCAAGCAGCUGGCUGAAGACCUUGGUGUCAACGUUUCUGCUGCUGGAAUGCGCUGGAAGCGAUUCAAGGAUAAGGCUUUCAGUGCUGAAGCUGAAGCUGUCUGCGAGCAGUUUGGUGAAGUUGACACCAAGAAGCUCGGCGAGAAGCUUGGUUGUACCUCCACCGCUGCUUACAAGCGCUGGAAGCGCUUCAAGCAACGCACUUUUGGUGACGAGAAAAAUGGCGACGAUGCUGACGGCAAUGAAGGCGAAGGUAAUGCCGAGGGCGAUGCGGGCAUGAGCGCGACCCCGAAGACACCCAAGGGUGGCAAGAAGUCUGGUGGCUCUGGCAAGCGUGGUCGCUCCGACGCCGACGAUGAUGAAGCUGAAGGAACUCCUACCAAGAAGCCGACUAGCGUCAAGAAGGCCAAGGCCCGCGGCAAGAAGGUGGCUACUCAAUCCGGGGAAGUUGUCCACGAUGAGGCCGACGAUGGUCGCAUUGACAAUGACGAGGACGCUGUCAACCAAAAGCUUGCUGACGGAGAUGAGACUUAA